CAUAUACAUAGUGAAGUGAUCUUGUCGCUUUUGACAUAUAAGUGAUUCUCGACUAAGCUCCUUGCGACAACCGAACUGAAUUACCUAGCGACAACCAAAUAAGGGUCUUCCUUGCUAUUAGUUCCAACCCUUUGUUAUAUGUUAUGCUCCCAGGGCUCAGCCCUGUGUUUUGAUGUGCCUUUGCUGCGUGCUACUCUGACUGCCGAUAAUAGCUGGCAUCCUUCAUACAGCAUAAGACUGGAUAAUGAGCGCCCCCUCUAUACAAUUCCACCACCUAUAGUGGUAGCUAACACAACCUGUAUGAUUAUCUGAGGUGCUCUGUUCGAGGUGCUAUCGAGGUUCCUUAAAGGUGCUAUCCACAUAGCUUUUUCCUUCGAGAACCUAAACAUUGUAUAGAUUGCAAAUACUCUAGCUGUUUCCAUUGAUCGGUCAGCUUGCGUCAGCACUUCUGGCAACCGCCAUCGACUCCAAAUUCCUCGACGUCGACAGGGUCCCAAAUUCCCGCCAUGGGGGAAGCCAUGAUGGAGAACGGGAUCUUCGCCAACGCCAAGGCCCGGGCGUUGCUCGAGGUAGUACGUCUAGCGUUUGAGGGCGGUAUCGGCUUUGGCCCGGAGAUGACGGGCACAGGGACGACCGAAGAUGGCGAUGCCUCCGUCGCCGGGGCAACAACUGCAGAUGCUGCUCGACAACAAUGGAGGAGCACCAACGAUCAUGCAGCAGCGCAACCAGCACCGCUACCGCAUCCACCGCACCGAGCGGCAAGCACAGGAAGCAGCUCGCGGCUGGUUCCAGGAGGCCCUUGCAUGUGGUGUGGUGUCACCGCCACGCCACAGUGGCGGAGACCCCGUGGCACUGCUAAGCUCCUCUGCAACGCCUGCGGAAUCUUCUUCACGCGUUACGGCCGACUACCGGAGAAGAGCCAGCACGCCCACAGUAGGGCGAGUGCGACAGCCGCAGUAGCAGCACCCCAACCCGCUGAAGUCGAGCAUCCUAGCAAACAGGAGGUCAUUAAAGCUGAGGUCGACGACACCGACAAGCAGCAGCCUACGACAUCAACCUCGUCCAUCGCCGGCGCCAGCCCUCACAAGCGCAAGGACGCACCACAAGCGGAGGCCGAGUUAUUGCGUUGCAUGGAGGAGUCGGCUGGAAGCCUCGUAGCAGGCGGCGCUGCAGCACCCGCGCUUUCCUCGCCAGGGUCCAUGCCGCAUUCCAUGCCAGCAUUGCAAACAGGCCUGGGGCGCACACUCUCAGGGCCGCAAUUUUUGCAUGCCGUCGGAGCACAGUCUGCGCCCGCCUUGGCUGCAGCAGCUGCUGCUGGCUUGCUACCCGUGGCGGCUAACAACCCAGGGGCCUUCCUGUCGGUGGCUCCAUUAGAUCUGGGUCUGCAACAGCUCAGCAUGCAACAGCUGGGGUUGCUAGCACAGCCCUUGGGGGGCCUGGCGCAGCUGCCGGCGCUGUGCAUGGGAUCUAUUGCGGACCAGCAAUGCGGUGCAGUCGUUGCCUGCAUGCAAGGCCAGCCCCUUGGCGUUCCUGGCAUGUCGGGAGUCCCAGCGGAGCUGCUCGCUCGGCCCUUUACGCUGCCGCCCGGCAUCCUGCCCAGUGGUGUUGCACUGCUGGGUGGGGCAGCACCCCCGCAGCCGGUGUACGCGAGGGCUUCGAAGCGCCAGGAGCGCCUGCCUUCGGGCGACUCGGAUGAUAGCAACGCGAGUACAGAUAGCCACGCUCCGCACGGCGACGCAGGGUGCUCGCAUGACGAGGACGACGGCGGGACAACUACAACCAAAGCCAGCGGCAUCACAGCUCCUGCAAGCGGCACGGUGGCCGCGGCAGGCGCCCUCUCCUGCUCGCCGCCCUCCAUGCCGGGGGUAAUCUCGCCGUCGCCAUUAGGCGAAUGCCUGCCCGCAAGCUCACUCCUCUCAGGGAUGCCACAAGCGAGCAAUCCUCUGGCGCUUGUGCCGUUAGCAGGUGCCGGGCCUACGAGUGGAGUUGCGCUGGCAGGGAGUCUUGCGGGGAUGGGUGGUGUGGCAGUGGCUGCAGGGAUGCCAUCCGUUGCUCAAGGGCAGGCACAAUCCCAGCAGCCGGUGAUCUACUUGCAUGCACGCCGCUGCAAAGGGCCGCGAAGUCGCGCGGCUAGUGCCACACCUAGCUCAUCAACCCAAUCAUGAGGACACAGUGGCCUGGGAAUCGGUAUGCGGGGCUCCGUGAAAGUGUUGGGACGUGUUGUUGUCGCAGCAGCUUGUAUUUUUCUGUUCGGUAGCCGCAUCGACUUGGUUGGCUGCCCAGAUAUGCGCAGUAGCUAGGUUGGGGCGUUCCAUUGCAGGUUAGGCAUUGGGCUCUGUCCGAGUGCAGGGCCAGGUGGUGUAUGCAAUGGUGGUAUGAUGUGGUGUGUUGCGCUUUUCAUGUGGUGCGAACUUGAUUCCUGGCUUUGCAUGUGUGCGCCUGCCCAUGGCGUGCAGGACGUUUUGGCUUUUUGGGUGUCCUUUAUUUCUGUCAUCGUAUCUUGAAACCCCUGACCUGGUCCUGACUUUCUGCGCAAAGACUGCGGAGGCCUUGGCGUUUGACGUGCUACGAGGGGUUGUGAACACGGCGCGCAAGAACACGUCCAGCGAAUCGCCACAUUAUUCACCUUUCGCUUGGGCAGUUGUUGAUUGAUUAGUGCGAGGUUUGCUGCUCCGUUGACUCCAUGCCAUGACUAUCUCUUGUUUUUGGAGUGUACCAUUAUCCUCUCCGUCAAUGUCGUCGUAGCUUCUACUCAUUAUCUUACGCGACGACAAACAAUAUGCAUUCCUGGGAGGCUCUGUUCGUCAGCCGUAUAUGUUUGCCGGAUAGGGGGCGCAAUUUGUACGCAACUACUUAGAAAGCAUUGACUCGACACCUGUAUCUUUGAUCAUGGCCGUGUCGCCCGCGUUAAUUGAGGCGGCUCAGUGUCAUCUGUAGUAGGGACGUAUGUUAGAUGUUUGACACUCUUUGUCCGUAAGAUGCCUGAGAUUUCAAGGAGAGUGGGUCUUGACGGCCCGUAUUUUAUCCUAUAGUAUACGAUAUGGUUUUGUACCUUGGUGUUUGUUGGGUCGGGUUAAGAGCGGGAUGGCUUGGGUGGCUUAUGUUGGGGUGACGCAGUGGUCUAUCUUCAGGGUGUGAUAUGGGAUUGCGGCGAGGGCUAGACGUAUACAGGCGAAUGCGUCCCUUUGGUUUGGGUUACCCAUGCACUUAUGCAUGCGUACUUGAGAUGUAGCUGCGCACUUGAGAUACCGGUAGCAUAUCAUGUCCUAAUGCUCUUGAACGAGUGGUAAGAGCCAAUCCUCAACCGAAUGCUAUGCGGAUACGCACGCUAUGUAUGUAAGCGUGCUUGCACCUA